UAGAGGACACCAUAGCAUCUCCAAUGAUAUGAGAAAUACGAGCCGACGCGCAACCCGCCAGUGCCUCCGACCCACCAAUCCUAACCCCCUAAUGCGUCCCACUCAAGCAGUCCACGGAUGUGAGCGCGUGGAAAUGAGACGGCAACUUGAAAUCCAGCUCGCACUGUUGGAGGCCCGAAAGAGCCAAGACAAAGAAAGGCGCACGCGUCACCGCUCACUUCUGUGGUUCGCCGGUGACGGGAAUUAAGUGCGCCCCUCGCGUUGCCCCUCCAAUAUUUUCGCUCGAUAAUUUAUCGAUUCGAUUUCAAGCUUUCUAGGGUUCGAGAUUUGAGCUUUCUAUGAAGUUUUAGCUGUCUUAAGGAGGAGUAUUCAAGGUUCUUGCGGUAUUAGGCAUCCCAACAAGCAUCUCAUCACAUUGCCUCUUUUGCUCAAAAAGUAGCCAUAGCAUCUUAUUCUACAGAUCUACCUCAAGUUGCCCUUACUAAUGGGUCCACUACAGCUACUAAGGGAAUAGGAACAGAUUUGAACUCUGAAGACAAGGAAGAUGAUUGGCACAAGACAUGAGGAUAACAAUGGAGGCACGUCCUACUUUAUCUUUUCAGAGGUCAGGUGUGAAGCAGCUUAGUGACUUUGGAGCAUCUGGAACUUUCUCUUCCUCUUCACCAGUCCUUCCCACUGCUUUGGAAGAGGCAUAUCCCAAGUUGCCAAACUCCCAAGAGGUUUCAAUGGAGAAGGAAAUUAUGACAAAGCCCCUGGCAAUGCAUGCGACUCCAUUGGCCUCUAACAGUGGGGUGGUUGGUCACAUCUUUUCAUCAUCCUCAGGAUUCUCCAUGGAUCUUCAUUUUUCAUCUGCUUCACCUUGUGAAAAGCAUUCAAGAAAUUCUCCUUUCAUUGCCCAGUCAAGUGAUGGAGCAUCUUUACCGUUAACACAUUCUUCUCAUUCAGGAAUGCUUCAGUCGGCAUCAUCUAGUCAUUGUGCUAAUGAAAACGACAGUGCCCCCUGGUGUACAGAUUCAUUGCAGGGUUUUCUUGAUUUUCCAGUGAACAGCCCUGUCCAGAAUGCUCAAAUAGAAAGCUGUAGUGGCAGUGGUGUCAUGGCAUCUGAGGACCUUUGUAAACGCAGUGAUUGGCAGGAAUGGGCUGACCAGCUGAUUACUGAUGAUGAUUCUUUGACUUCUAAUUGGAAUGAUCUUCUUGUUGAUACGAAUGUUGCUAAUCCUGAACCAAAGACGGCAUAUCAGUUACCCAAUUCGUCAUCAAAUUUCCCAUCGCAUCAAUCCCAAGUCAAUCAGCAGCCUCCCAUUCCAUCAGCAGAAUUUCACACCGUUGUAACCCCCUCGUCCUCUAUAAGUAGUGGUCCAAGUAAGCCCCGCAUGCGCUGGACGCCAGAACUUCACGAGGCCUUUGUGGAGGCAGUCAACCAACUUGGUGGUAGUGAAAGAGCUACUCCUAAGGGUGUGCUUAAGCUCAUGAAAGUUGAAGGCUUAACCAUCUAUCAUGUAAAAAGCCAUUUGCAGAAAUAUAGGACAGCCAGAUACAGGCCAGAGCCUUCAGAAGUGUCCUCAGAGAAAAAACUUACUCCUAUUGAAGAUAUCUCAUCCCUGGACUUGAAAACCAGGGGUAUUGAGAUUACUGAAGCACUGCGAUUACAGAUGGAAGUGCAGAAGCGCUUGCAUGAACAGCUUGAGAUACAAAGAAAUUUACAGCUGCGAAUAGAAGAACAAGGGAGAUACCUCCAGAUGAUGUUUGAAAAGCAAUGCAAGUCGGGUAUUGACAAAUUGAAGGCCUCAUCUUCCACUCUGGAAAGCCCAUCUGCAUCACCAGAUGCAAUGCAAAGUUCCCCUGCAAAAAAUGAAAGGGAAGCCUCCCAGGGAGACCAGGGCAAAACAGAAAUUCCCUCUGAUGUCAACCGUGCACUGGAGGAAAUUAGUUCUGAAAAGGCUGGUGGGAAGCAGAAGGCAUGUGAAGCCGAAGCUUCUACGAAUCUUGAACUAGAUAUUUGCAAGUCUAGUUCCCCACCCUCUAAGCGUGCAAGAGCUGAUGAGCCCGCAUCGAGCUAAUGAAAUCAUAUUGAUUCUUGGAAGAUCUCAAAUCUUGAGAUGUCCUUAGCUGACUGAUAAGAGUGCUUUGAUACUUUCGAGCUCUUUCUAUUUUUGGCUCAUGCCGGCAAUGGUCUCUACUUUCAUUGAUAAAAGAAGCCAAAUUUUGAUUAUCAGGUAUGUCGCCUUCCUGACUUGGUGCGCCUAGUUAAGUACAUGUGCAGGUGCAUCAUGGCGUCUCACUUGUCAGGAAAAGCUACGCCCUCAAUUGUUAAGCUGUCAAUAAUCUUCUUUCUUGGGGUGGAAGAAAAGCAGAACUUCAUUGGUAUGGUAAAUGGGGUUUAGAGACAGGUGGUUGUCAUUAUAGAUAGUGGAAAGCAGCUCUAUAUCAUAGAGUUUGAUGUUUAUAUGCAAGAAUAUCUCGGGCUCAUUUAAUUAAUGAUGCAAUAAAGAUUGUUGCUUCCUUGUCAA